AAAUUUUUAUUAAAGGAAUGCACCUCUGGUUUCUAGUCUUCUUGGGACCUUGUUUACGACCAUUUCCGACUAUUGCGCAAUGCACAUCCCUACUCCUUGUAAGUUGUAGACCUUCUAUUCAUGGGUUUGAUGACAAAAAUCAGCUGAUGGCUAAUCAAAACAUUGUACAUAAAAUGCAUGCCUAUUAUGUCACAUCAAGAAACUAGAAAUACUAGAAAUUUCUUCUCCAGUCUUUUUGUGUCCCAUUUAUUCAAAACUGAUUAAUACUAAUAGUAUAUAUGAUAUUAUAUUGACUGUAACGUUACAGUUGGAAUCAUAUUUUUAUAAAAUCAUCAACUAGUUAGUCAAUUACUCUUGUAACUAAUAAUGGAUGAAGAUGAAAAGUAUAAAAAUGAGACAAUUGGCAUUGCCAAAAAUUUUUUACCAUCUUAUCAUGAAUUAAAAUUUUCUUAUCCAGGUAAAAGUGUUUUAGAUCACCAACGUACUUGUUUGGCAGUUAAAUAUCUCACUGCUAAAUCAAAGUCAGAUGAAAUAUCAAUAGAAUUGGCAAAAAAAGGUUUUUCAGAUAUUUCCAAAAGUCUGCAAUCUAACAAAUCAUUCAUUGAUACUGUACUGACAAUAAAACCCAAACAAAUUAAUUUUCAAUCAGGGUUAAAAAGUCCUGAGGAUAUCCUUCAGUUCAUUAAGCCUCUUCCUUGUCAAACAGAAAAAAAAAAUACAUGUAAAGAAAACAAUAUGUCACCAACUGACCGAACAGUAGAGAAAAUUAUAAACUGUUGGGUUAAAAAAUCAGCACCUGAAUCGCCACGCAGGAAAAUUUAUAAAGCAGAAAUUAAAAUGGAUGAUGAUAACAAUGAUGAUGAUAAAACUUCAAAUAGUGGCAGCACUAAAAGAUUUGAAAAGCGACAGCAAUUCAAUAAGCUAUAUAACAAUUAUCAAAAAAAGAAUAAAACAAGUUUUACAGAUAUUGAAGAAUCAGAACAAGAGCCAAAUACUUCAAGACCCCAGUAUCAUCAGGAAUAUCGUACAGCAAAAACAGAACUUGCACUUCAAAAAAAAACGAAACAACAGCAAACACAACAAUAUCCACAAAGAAAAACAGUUGGUAAUAAAAGCAACAAUUCAUUGAACGCUAAAUUUCUAUGUCCAUUCCAACGAGAUAAAGAAAAAACACAAGAAAAUACACAAGUUGAUGAAGAGAUGGAGUUUGAAGAUGAAAGAUUAAAAAAUAUUGAUCCUAAAAUGAUUGAACUAAUCAAGAAUGAAAUAAUGGAUUCUGGAGCAUUGGUCAAAUGGGAUGAUGUUGCUGGACUUGAACAAGCUAAACGCAUUAUUAAAGAAAUUGUUGUUCUACCAAUGUUAAGACCUGACAUAUUCACUGGUUUACGAAGACCACCGAAAGGUAUUUUAUUAUUCGGUCCACCAGGAACUGGAAAAACUCUCAUCGGUAAAUGUAUUGCAUCUCAAAGUAAAUCAACAUUUUUUUCAAUAUCAGCUAGUUCAUUAACAUCAAAAUGGAUUGGUGAAGGUGAAAAAAUGGUGAGAGCAUUGUUUGCUGUUGCUCGUGUUCAUCAACCAUCAGUUAUUUUUAUUGAUGAAAUUGAUUCCCUUCUUACUCAACGAUCAGAAACUGAGCAUGAAAGUUCGAGAAGAAUAAAAACUGAAUUUUUGGUGCAACUUGAUGGUGCAACAACUGGUGAAGAAGAUAGGAUUUUAGUUAUUGGUGCUACGAAUCGUCCACAUGAAUUAGAUGAAGCAGCCAGGCGUAGAUUUGUUAAACGGCUUUAUGUUCCAUUACCUGAGCAUGGAGCUAGAAAACAAAUUGUUGAGAAUUUAUUGAGCAAUGAAAGACAUAAUUUGAAGUGUUCUGAUAUUAAUAAUAUUGCUGAAUGUUCAAAAAAUUAUUCUGGAGCUGACAUGGCUAAUCUUUGUAAAGAGGCAAGCAUGGGACCAAUUAGAAGUAUACCAUUUGACAUGAUGGAAAACAUUUCCAAAGAUGAUGUUCGUCCAGUAACAAAGGAUGAUUUUGAUCAUGCACUUACACUUGUUAGACCAAGUGUUUCACAGUCUGAUUUGGGAAUUUAUGUCAAGUGGGAUAGUACUUACGGCAGUGGCACUGCUGAAAUCAAAUAAAUACUAAUUUAUUAUUAACACUUUAUUAAUUUAUUGUAUACCUGUAUUUGUAUAGCUUUCAUCAUAAUAAAACUGAAUCUUAAAAUAAAUGUGAAAUAAUUAGAGAUUUAGACACAUCAUUCUUUAGUAAUUUAUUAUUUAUCAGACAUGUAUAAUAUAGUUGACUCAUUUUUUUUUUUUGCAAUUUAUCACAGAGACGAAAAUGAUCUGGUCUUACUUUCCAUUUUGUUUGUUUGUUUGCCUUAAUCUAGACACAUAUUUUUUACCAUUAUAAUCAACAGGAAUAUUUUUAAAUGAUUAAAUUUUUCACUAACAGUAUUUCGAAUGGAAAAAUAAAAAUUAAUUAAUAGUACUUAUAUAAAAUAUAGAAAACCUUAAAAUUUUGAUCUCCAUCCACAUGAAAAUACAUUGUUAAAUAAAAAAUUUUUUUUUUAUUUAUAUUAAUUUAAAUUUUGAUUGAUAUUUUAUAUAUUUUUUUUCUCUACUUUGGCAAUUUUUGAUUAUCUUUCAUUUUUUUUUUUUUUUUGAUUGGAUUAUUUAUUUUUGUGAAUACUUGUGUUUUUAAAACGUCGAAAAAUGACAAAACACACGACAAUAUCUAAUUAACUACUAAAUAUAUCAUAAUAAUAUCAAUAUUGAUUUUUUUACUUUGGAAAUAUUCAGGUCACAAGGCUUUAAUAAUAUUUAUACGUCACAUAAAUAUAUUUGAUACGUAUAAUAUUAAUCGAACAUUUAAAUAUUUGUAGGUGUAUUUAUUUUCAAGUUCAAUCUAAUCUACUCUACGGAAUUUUUCUUGGAUCUAUUAUUGAAGCUUAUUAAAGAGCAAAAGAAAGAACAGAAAACUCACAACUUUCCAUUAUUAUUCUGUUUUUUUUUUUCUUUUUUUUUUUGUGCAUAGUCUCUAGUGAGAAAAAUUUCUUUAAAAAUUCUUACAGUGAAGAAAAUUUUUAUUUCAAGAAAAAAUUCGUAAGUUACUCUCAAAGCCUCGAAUGCAUAGAAAUAAAUUUUUAUGCAUUUGAAAGAAUAAUAUCCAGAUUUUUU